AUGAGUCAUAUCCUACACGCCAUAUCAACAUUUAUUUUAAUUGUGGAAUUCAUAAUAGGAAAUUUAGGAAAUGCGUUCAUGGCACUGGUGAACAUUAUGGACUUGGUCAAGAGAGGAAAGAUCUCUUCAGUGGAUCAGAUUCUCACUGGUCUGGCCAUCUCCAGAAUCACUCUGUUCUGGUCAUUACUUACAAGCUUAUUGGUUUCAUCCAUCUACACAGCUUUAAUGAUAUCUGGAAAAUUGAUGAUGAUUAUCAAAAUUUUCUGGACAGUGACCAAUCAUUUCAGCAUCUGGCUUGCUACAUGCCUCAGCAUCUUUUAUUUUCUCAAGAUCGCUAAUUUUUCAAACUCUAUUUUUCUAUAUCUGAAGUGGAGAGUAAAAAACGUGGUAUCAUUGACAUUGCUGGUGUCUUUUCUCAUCUUGUUUUUGAACAUAUUGGUAAUAAACAGAUGUAUUGAUGUUUGGAUUGACGGACAUGGAGCAAAUAUGUCCUAUAGGACUAUCUCAAGUAACUCUGCUCAGUUUUCUAGACUUGUUUUACUUGUUAACACCAUGUUCACACUCAUUCCCUUCACUGUGACCCUGGCAAUGUUUCUCCUGCUCAUCUUCUCCCUGUGGAGACAUCUGAAGAACAUGCAGCUCCAUGCCAAGGGCUCCAGAGAUGUCAGCAUCACAGCCCAUGUAAAGGCCUUACGAUCCGUGGUUGCCUUCCUGUUACUGUAUACGGUUUUCUUUCUGUCUCUUCUCUCACUAUGUUGGAAUGUUGACUUUAAGCAUAAAGAUCUCAUAGCUUUGUUUUCACAAUCAAUGGGGAUGGCUUUUCCCUCGGCCCAUUCUUGUCUCCUGAUUCUAGAGAACAGGAAACUGAGUCAGUCUUUGCUUUCUGUGCUGAGGUGGAUGAAGUGCAGGCUCAAAGGCAUAUGGGGGAUCAGCUAA